CCGAGCUCCCGGCCCGGGCACCCAGCGCUGCUUUACUCGCCGGGAAGGCGGCGCCGGCGGUGGCUGCUCACGCUGUGCCCACUCCUGGGCGCUGCGCUCCCGUCGCGGGUGGGCUCCUCAACCACUGGCCGGCCGCAGUCCCUGCCGAGAGGUGGCCUCUGCAUCCCAUCUUCUCACUGCUGGGGCGCCCCAGCACGUGCGACCCUUCUUUGGGGGUGCUCCCACGCGCGGCUACCAAGCGGAGGGCAGCCAACUUUGCCACCUUGCGGGUCGCCCGCCCUCGCUCAGCGGGAGCCUGCUCGCUCAGCUGCGCAACUGAGGACUCGGUGCUCCUGGCCGCGGAGCUGGUCCCCAACCUGGCGCGCUGUGAGCGGAGGAUAGCUCCGGAGAAGUGGUGAGGAGCAGUGACGGCUGCUGCCUCGACUUCCCUUGCAGCGCGCUGAAGAGGACCCUUGGAGCCGCUCCAGGCCCCAGGCGCUGGAUGACUGGCAGGAGGAACGCUCCCCUCAUCUGGGCUGGUGUGUGAAAACCCGGCUUGGGUGCCCAUGUAGCCACACAGUUCAGUGUGAUUCAUGACGGAGGCCACGCGGCUCUACCCUCUCUCUCCUCGGUAUUUUUCACACAUGAGGAGAAGGUGAGCUUCGUAGAAGACACGUUCCCAGAGUCAGAGACCCCUUGCCCACCAUGAAGGGAGCCUGCAUCCUUGCAUGGCUGUUCUCAAGCCUGGGAGUGUGGAGACUUGCCCGCCCUGAGUUCCAGGAACCCGCCCAGUGCCAGAGAGCUGAGCAUCCUGUUGUCUCCUACAAAGAAAUUGGCCCCUGGUUACGGGAGUUCAGGGCAGAGAAUGCUGUGGAUUUCUCGAGGUUAACCUUUGACCCUGGACAGAAAGAACUUGUUGUAGGAACAAGAAACUAUCUCUUCAGAUUACAGCUUGAGGAUCUGUCUCUCAUCCAGGCUGUGGAGUGGGAGUGUGAUGAAGCUACCAAGAAGGCCUGUUACAGCAAAGGCAAGUCAAAGGAGGAAUGUCAGAACUAUAUCAGAGUGCUCUUAGUGGGCGGGGACCGGCUAUUCACCUGUGGGACCAAUGCUUUCACACCUGUCUGUACCAUCCGCUCGUUAAGUAACCUGACUGAGAUCCAUGAUCAGAUCAGUGGCAUGGCUCGCUGUCCCUACAGUCCCCAGCAUAAUUCUACAGCUCUGCUCACAGCCAGUGGAGAGCUCUAUGCUGCAACAGCCAUGGACUUCCCAGGGCGAGAUCCAGCCAUAUACAGAAGUCUGGGCACUUUACCUCCUCUUCGAACUGCACAGUACAACUCCAAAUGGCUCAAUGAACCAAACUUUGUGUCUUCCUAUGACAUUGGAAACUUCACCUACUUCUUCUUCCGAGAAAAUGCUGUGGAGCAUGACUGUGGGAAGACUGUGUUCUCCAGGGCUGCCCGGGUCUGCAAAAAUGACAUUGGAGGGCGAUUCCUCCUGGAAGACACCUGGACCACCUUCAUGAAGGCUCGCCUCAACUGCUCCCGGCCCGGUGAGGUGCCCUUCUACUACAAUGAGCUGCAGGGCACCUUCUUCCUGCCGGAGCUGGAUCUGAUCUAUGGCAUCUUCACCACCAACGUGAACAGCAUUGCUGCCUCUGCUGUAUGUGUCUUCAACCUGAGUGCCAUCUCACAGGCCUUCAAUGGACCUUUCAAGUACCAAGAGAACUCUCGCUCCGCCUGGCUGCCUUAUCCCAACCCCAACCCCAAUUUUCAGUGCGGCACCAUGGACCAGGGCCUGUAUGUAAACCUGACAGAAAGAAACCUUCAGGACGCUCAGAAGUUCAUUCUGAUGCAUGAGGUGGUACAGCCAGUGACCACCGUGCCCUCCUUCAUGGAGGACAACAGCCGCUUCUCCCAUGUGGCCGUCGACGUGGUGCAGGGCAGGGACACACUGGUCCACAUCAUCUAUCUGGCCACAGAUUAUGGCACCAUUAAGAAAGUACGGGCUCCCCUGAGUCAGACCUCAGGCAGCUGUUUGCUGGAAGAAAUUGAGCUUUUCCCAGAGAGGAGGAGGAAACCUAUCAGGAGCCUGCAGAUACUCCACAGCCAGAGUGUCCUCUUUGUGGGGCUGCAGGAGCAUGUGGCCAAGAUCCCCUUGAAGAGGUGCCACUUCCACCAAACACGCAGUGCGUGCAUUGGUGCCCAGGACCCUUACUGUGGCUGGGAUGUGGUGAUGAAGAAGUGCACCAGCCUGGAGGAGAGUCUGAGCAUGACUCAGUGGGAGCAGAGCAUCUCCACCUGUCCGACCAGAAAUCUCACUGUGGAUGGGAGCUUUGGCCCCUGGUCUCCGUGGACAUCCUGUACACACACAGAUGGUGCUGCUGUGGGAUCCUGCCUCUGCCGGUCCCGUGCCUGUGACAGUCCGGCUCCACAGUGUGGUGGCUGGCAGUGUGAGGGCCCUAGGAUGGAGAUCACCAACUGUUCCAGGAAUGGAGGCUGGACACCCUGGACCUCCUGGUCGCUAUGCAGCACCACCUGUGGCAUUGGUUUCCAGGUGCGGCAACGCUCCUGCAGCAACCCCACACCCAGGCACGGAGGCCGUGUGUGUGUGGGUCAGAACCGGGAGGAAAGAUACUGCAAUGAACAUUUGCUCUGCCCGCCACAUGUGUUCUGGACAGGCUGGGGACCUUGGGAACGGUGCACUGCCCAGUGUGGGGGUGGCAUUCAAGCCCGCCGUAGGACCUGUGAAAAUGGGCCUGACUGUGCAGGAUGUAAUGUGGAGUACCAGCCUUGUAACACCAAUGCAUGCCCAGAGUUGAAGAAGACCACACCAUGGACUCCCUGGACACCUGUCAACAUCUCAGACAAUGGUGGUCACUAUGAGCAGCGGUUCCGAUACACCUGUAAAGCUCGCCUGCCAGAUCCAAAUUUACUGGAAGUGGGGAGGCAGAGGAUUGAAAUGCGGUACUGUUCCAGUGACGGGACCAGCGGCUGCUCCACAGAUGGUCUUUCUGCAGACUUUCUACGAGCUGGGAGGUACUCUGCCCAUACUGUCAAUGGGGCGUGGUCAGCGUGGACUUCCUGGUCACAGUGCAGCCGGGACUGCAGCAGAGGCAUUCGGAACCGGAAGCGUGUUUGCAACAACCCAGAACCCAAGUAUGGGGGCAUGCCCUGCCUUGGCCCAUCCCUGGAGUUCCAGGAAUGCAACAUUUUACCCUGCCCAGUGGAUGGUGUGUGGUCUUGUUGGUCAUCCUGGUCAAAAUGCUCAGCAACUUGUGGGGGUGGACACUACAUGAGAACCCGCUCGUGUACGAAUCCAGCCCCAGCUUAUGGAGGGGACAUCUGCCUGGGACUGCACACAGAGGAGGCACUCUGCAACACACAGACCUGUCCAGAAAGCUGGUCAUUGUGGUCAGACUGGUCUGUGUGUGAUGCCUCUGGCAUCCAGGUCCGUGCUCGACAGUGUAUUCUUCUGUUUCCUGUGGGCAGCCAGUGUUCCGGAAAUACCACAGAGAGUCGGCCAUGUGUGUUUGACUCUAAUUUCAUCCCAGAAGUGUCUGUGGCAAGAUCGAGCAGUGUAGAAGAGAAAAGAUGUGGAGAAUUCAACAUGUUCCACAUGAUGGCCGUGGGGCUCAGCAGUUCCAUCCUCGGCUGCCUCCUCACCCUACUUGUCUACACCUACUGCCAGCGGUACCAGCAGCAGUCCCAUGAUGCAACUGUUAUCCACCCUGUCUCUCCUGCCGCUCUCAACAGCAGCAUCACUAACCACAUCAACAAACUGGACAAAUAUGACUCAGUGGAGGCCAUCAAGGCAUUUAACAAAAACAACUUGAUAUUAGAGGAGAGAAACAAAUACUUCAACCCACAUCUCACUGGGAAGACCUACUCCAACGCCUACUUUACAGAUCUCAACAACUAUGAUGAAUACUAGCAGCUCUUAUACUUGUGGCUCCUUGUAAACUCUCUGCUCCUCAAAGCCGUGCUCCAUGACUGCCCAUGUUUCUGAGGCUUCAGAGAUGACAUGUGGAUCCAUUUCAAGUGCAUUUCAAGCCAAGACUUUCCCAUUGCUACAAAAAACCGCACACCCUUAAACACCUGAAUGUGGUGUUGUGACAAUCUGGUCUGUAACAAACAUUUGAUUGUUGCUAAGUGAGCCAUGGUGUGAAGUUUUGUAUUAUGCUCAUUCCAAAUUCUAACUGGUCUAUUGUUUCAUGAGUUUUAUUUCAUAAAUGUGCCAACCACAUUAGAAAGUGUCUUCAGACACAUAGCAUCUUCAUGAUUUUGAAUGUAGAGCUUCAUGAUAUUUUAAUUUGAAAACAAACAAAAACCAGGCACUUUAUCUGAGAGGUCCCUUCCCACCAACAGGGUCCAUAGUAACUCAAAGAAUGAAGAUAUGACUAUGGUCAACUCCCCCAACCUGAGUUACUCUUGGAAAGAAUUUGUUUGCACUUGGAGUGAUUCCUGCCCAAGGAAGCCUAGGGAUUCUACCUGCCCUGGACCUGCCCAGUCAUGGCACACUGAGAUCAUUUUCUAUGGUCUGGGAUGUGACUGUCGUCACUGUGUGGUGAACACAUGAAGCAAAGAGCAGACAGAGAGACACACAGCAGUGUUCUGCAGCUUGCAGUGAAACUAGCCUUACUCUGACUUUCGGAUUCCGUGGCAUUCCAGGGAGCUCCCUGCCAUGCUGUAGGCCUGAAGGCCACCUGCCUGGGCAUUGGGGACAUGCUGAAGAGUCAGUCUUAACAUUUGGUUAGACUCUACAUCCCCCCCUCCCUGCAGGAAAAAAAAAAAACAACUUGAACAUUAUGAUGCCAAUUGUGGAAAAUAUUGAAAGUACUAAACUGUAAUUGAAAGCUACUCUUUUUAUUUUUUUUUGUGUUAUGCAGUGUUGAAUGAACUGAUGUUUAAUGAUAAGCAUUUUUUGUAUUCAUCAUCUUUGAUGUGUCUAAUGUACAUCAAUGAGCCCCUAUCAAGAGCAUUAAAGGUGUGUCAAACUGUCCCUCUGGGGCUCAGCACAGUCACACUGGAGUGACACUCCAGUCCCAUGGUCUGCUUCUUUGUCCCUUGCUGUCCCCAGGCCAGAGGAGGGACAGGCUCUGAGUCUUUCGAUCAGAGCUGCCUUCCUGGGCACCCGGCCUAGCCAGUUCCACUUUGCUCUGAGGCAGUAGCAGUCAUGAUAUACCUUGAGAGGUAAUAGUUCAGAAGGUCAGGGCUUUAGUGACCCCUCUGCUCUCAGUCAUGGCAGAAUGUUGUAAGAUCGUUCCUGAGGUCCUCAGAGGAGUAAAGGAGACCCAUUAACACCUGAAACAGAGAAUAUGGGUAUCGCUUUAAUGCUUUUUAAAAGCAAAGACAAAAUGGUUUGUCUGUGCCACUGGUCACUAAUGAUAAAGGCCUGAGUAGGUAUUCGUACAUGUUCUUAUGGGUAAAUAAACUUUCACAUCUAUGCAAAUGUAAAGCACGGGGAAUAAAGAUUACAGGGUUUUUAUGAGUAUGUAUUUUCCCUAUCAAAUAUAAAAAAAGAAAUCUCAGAAAAUGUUCCCCCCCAAAAAAUCCCAUGAUUAGUCAUGAAUUAUUCUCAUAUAGGCACAUUUUUCAGACCUAAUUCUCUGUUAAAAUUGAAAUUAAAAUGGCAGAUGGGCUCUGGGAGAUGUGUCAGAUUGUAAAGAAGUGGCAUAUGGGAAUAUCCCAAUGAGACAUCGUGUGGCAUUUCACACACUUCUUCGACAGUGUACGUGGCCUCCGUUGCACACACUUUUAAAAUCCACACUCAACAGAUGAUUUAUUUGUUGUCUCUAGGGUGGAUUUUCAUUGAAUGCUUGAACUCAUCACAUUACUUUCUUUUAAGAAAAGAAUAAAUCCUCCUGGCGUAGCACUAAAUUUUCUUGUUUUAAAAAUAAGCUCCCCUUCUUGAAUGUUUCCCUAACUUGAAAGGUCAUUUUGUUUCCCCUGGAAAUGAGGGUGCAAAUAUUUCAAGAACUUAUAGCCAAACUUGAUAGAAAAUGCAUUCUAGGUUACCUUCAUUCUGGUCCCUGUCCAUUUGAUAUAGUAACCCCACCCUGGGAUUCUCAUAUUUGAAACAAGACUAUAUUCUGACACUAGUAUUGCCUUUUCAAAGCCUCAUUUUUGGCUUCCUGGUUCUUUAUUCAAAUUUCCACACCCUGCCACCUUUGCUCUUAUUUAGCCAAUCAAUUGGAACAAUUGCUUAGGAAUACCAUGGGCUGUAUUCUGGUUUUCACCACCAGUGACAUGACUUCUCUUCUGGAGGUAUACUGCUGCUGCUCCUGGUGCAGUGCAUGCCAUAAUCCAGACUUCUUAAUAGUACAUCUCACACACACACACACACACACACACACACACACACACACACACACACUAUGCAAAGGAUAUGCCAUUCACUUUGGAACCUCCUUUUCAGAGUAGAUCUGCUCUACCUGGGGACUUUUUGUUUGGGUUAGGCUGCAACCUGCAGGUCACAUUUUAAUUUCCAGACUGGCACUGUCAUUUCCUUCUCUCCUCCCUGCUUCAUCCCUCCCUCCAACCAUUCUUGCCUUCCUUUGUUCCUUCAUUCUUUCCUUGCUUCCCUUUACCCUUUGAUACAAGAAGCACAUGGAGGAGUUAACAUGUGUAAGCUACAUCUGGCUGAACCUGUUGUCAAAUGACAUUAAUCAGCUUAUUUUUCUAGAAUUAGGGUUCAAGUUUGGCUGGUUUUCAUUAAGAAACUGGCUUUAGUCACAUACUUACAUUCUCUGGAAGUUGGUCCCAAUGUUGUUUAGGGUCCUCACUCCAUCAUCAAUCCUGCUAGGUGCUGACAUUCUGCAGAAAGAAGAAUAGAAUCUUUGCACACUGCACAGCCUAAGACAUUUCCAAAUACCCUGGGGACUUUCUUGGAACUGGGGGCCGUGUCACCACUGACUGAAGCUAACUCAGUGAGUUCUAAGGAACUCUGGGACAUUGGGUGAAACUAUGCUUCAAAAGAAAAGUCUCUGUCAUCAUAGUUCUAGGCUUUUUCUUUAAAACUUCCCAAUGCAAGCUAGGCCUCUUUAUGCCUCUGUCACUUAAAACUUAACUCCUGGUACCCAAGCAUCCCUAGUUCUGUUGAAUACAACAAAGCGCAUAUUAAAGUAGAUUCUACCUAGAAUUAGCAUUGACCUUGAGGGAACAGAAGAAGAUUUCCUAUGCAUAUGGUGGAAUGAAAGAGACACUAAAGCAAUUGAAGAUAAGCCACAAACAGUAAAUGUUUGUGAGGGCAUCUGCCAUCAAGAUGCCUCUGUCACCAGGAAGGAUCAACUCACAUAGUUGGGUGUGGAUGCUAUUGAUUCACAGGUGAUACUGAAAAGAAAAGAAACAGAUGUGGCAUGUGAGAUGGAAAGGUGAGGGUUGUCACUCCCUAGUGAAUAUCCUACAUAGGCCCUGGCACAGAUCUAGCCUACAACCAAGUACUGUGGGCCUGACAUUUGGACUCUUCUAUAAUCACAUUUCCUAGGUGCAUGAGUCUUAGUUAAGAGCAUGAGCAUUGUUGCCUUCUUACUUAUCUACAAAGGCAUGGAAAUGACCAGUUCUGACACCUGUAUCAGCAAAUGUUCCACAUGGAUUUUGCCUUCAAUACUGUGGACAAUUUUUCAUCAAAGAGGAUUCCACCUAAAGAAUGGCUAUGUUAUUGUGUGAUCAAAUAGCUCAAGGGAUGUUUUCCUAAAUAGGCAUCAGGGUUGUAUUUGGUCAUUCAUCUAAAUACAGCCUAUUAGUACAUAAAUUUGUAUAUAUCCUCAUGUUUCUUUGCUAAAUUUUCUUGCUUUUAGAAUAAACCACAAAUAGUUCCCCAAUAAGUAAAGCCAUAUUCCUCCUCAGUUUUUCCACAGGGUCAUCAACUUUCUUAACUAUGAGGUAUCCUAGAAUCUUCAGUGAGCCCUUCAUGUUUUAAGUCAUACUUUGGGGUCCACUACAUUCAGUAUUACUGUCUCCAAAAAAAAAAAAAAAAAAAGUUUGGGAGCCUCAACCAGAAAAAACAGACACCAUUUACCAGUUGGUGAUAUAGUGGACUCUGUCAGCCUCAGAUCAACCUCUUUUUCAAGUGACAGUCUGUGUCUGAGUCUCAUGGCUCCCAAAAUCACUUUUCCUGGAGGUCUCAAAGCAGUAACCUUACAUCAACUCCUUUGCAAACUCUCUGCUGUUUUCCUAGAGUCUAAAAAUAAUAUUAAACAUGCCUGGCUCAUCUAUUCAUUCCUACACCUUUACAACUUCAUGGAACAUCUAGAGAUUUAUGUUGAAACAUCAUUGUCAGUAUUUCAAAACUGUUAUUAGCCAUGGGUAUUUGAUAUUAUCUAUUAUCAAAUACUAAAGGACAUAGUGAGUACAAUGCUUCUUUGAGAAAUGCAUGUGAGAUGGGAAAACCCAAGUUAAUGUUCUUGUUGACCUAGCAGAUGUAUCACGGGGAAUGCUGUGUGAGAGAUUAAUGCCCAGAGCCCAGGCAUCAUCUGUCUCUCCAGCUUAUCUUUUCAGUUGUUAUCAUUAAUUACAAUGAUGUAAGGAGAUUUUGCAGCUUUAUAAAUACUAAGCCAAGGCCUUCAGGUUGUCUCUAUGAAUAAUCUUAUGAAACAAAAGAAAUGUGUUGUUUUCCAGUUUGCUACUGUUCCCUUUGAGAAACAUUAUAUACAAACUAUUGGCAGAAGUUGCAAAAGUCACUCUUCUUUGUGGACUUAUGUUGAAGUUGCAUUCACAUUGUAAUGUUGCAUUAUCAGAAUUUUGAUAUAUGUUACUGGAGCAUUAGGGAUAGAAACACAUCUCUUAAAAUAGUUCAGACUACAAACAAUGUGCAGCCUCCUGAACACCAAAUUUGGAGUCUGAUACAAAUGGUAUAGCUCAUAAUGAGGGCCCAGCCCCCAAACGUGAUCCCAUUGAAUGAUGUUCUGCCAUUUAAGCUAAUAACCAUGACCAGAGCCUAAUAUCAACUUGCUUUACUUGGGAGACAGUGUACAGAUAACUAAACUAAUCAAGGAUACUCUUGGAUCAGAAAGGGAAAAUCAGAGAUGGAAAUCACUAAAAUGUAAGCAGGGCAGGAAGAUCUCCACCCCUUCAUAAUCAGUCAAGAAUCUAAGGCCAGUAUGUCAUCCAUAAUCCUUAUCUUUCCCGGCUUCUUGGUGAUUUAAUACCAGAUGGUUCCAAUGUUAGAUAAAUACAAGCAGAAAGCUAAGCCUGAGCUCUGGUAAACAGAAACUGUUCUUCCAUCAGGACGCUAAAGGAAGUUUGUUGUCUGCAGGAAAUGAUUGACUUUCCUUAUAAAGUUGCGAGUGCCUUUGCUAAGCUCUGUGCUGUUAUUCCUCCUGGUUAUUGAUUGUUCCAAUCAGAGCCAAGGGUUGGCUGUAUACACUUUGAGGAAAACUACUCUUGUGUGUCUGUUUAAACUCAGGAACAGAAAAUGAGACAGAAAUGCCUCAUGUUCCAAUGUGGUUUUGCUUUCAGAACAGGAACAAGGGUGUGUUCAGAUGAGGUGACCCUAGUCCAGCCUGAGAAGAAAAAAAAAAAAAAAGCUGUUGCUUUAAUUUUUAGAUCUUCAUGGAAACAUGUUAGAUCCUGCCCUGUGAUAGAAAAGUCUAGUCAGUGCACAUAGAAGUCAAGGUUUGUUUCUGUUGCUCUUCAGUACACAGGCACAAGGAAAACAUCAAGAUUAUUAGCAGGGACACAGUGUGGAAUGAGAACCAACUCGAAUGUUAUGUGGGUUGUUUUGUCUGAUUUUGCAACUCCAAUAUCAGAACUGCUAGAAAAAUUAAUCAAAUUGGUAUGUUGUAUUUGGGUUUAAAAUGUUAGCAGUGUCUUCUGUGCUAAAGUUGACCACUUAUCUCUUAUACCAUGACUGUGGACUAAUGCCUCGAGAUCUGUUUCAAAAGCAUGCACAGUGCAAGCCUCCAACAACUGAAUCACUAUGAUGCUCACCUCAUCUGUCAAUGAGAUGCACCAGCUUGUCUCAGUGUAAGAUUCUGCAAAACAUGUGGCCAAACCUGUGCUACCCGACUUGGUCAACUUUGUACCUGCUAUGCCUCCUUGCCUGUUUUGUGAUACAAAAUAAAACUGCUUGGGAUUGUUUCAUUUCCCAUUCAUGGAAGUUUCUCCUAGACCAACUUCAGCCCCUGGUAAACCUGCAGACUGUGACUGAUCUUAAGAUUUGAACUUCAAAGGUAAUAUAUGUUAGCUACUACAGAACCAUUUCAAGAGUGAAGUAGCUCUGCAUUCCCCUGUUAGUUCCCUGAGAAAACAGCUACCUGGGUCUGUGCAGGAAUGCACCUGCCGGUGACUAUUUCUCAGACAUUCAGCAACCCACACUGCUCAGUCUUUAUGUUUGGCUGUCAGUAUUUCCUCUGAACUCUCACUAGACACCUGCAUUGGUGGUUUCCUGUGGUCAUUGUCUUUUUGUUUAACUUGCUGGUUUUAUGUUCUCCCUUAGAGCUGACCAGGUCCUUGCCUCAAAUUGUUGCUUGAUGAUGCCUGGCAGAAAUCUUGAUUUCAGAAAUUAGUUUGAGACCCUAAUUGUGUCAACUCAGGUAGGGACCUCAUUCUGUCUGUCACUGAACCAAUUAUGGAAGUUCCAAAAAGGAAUGGGCAGGGGCACUUCCCAAACAAUCAGCCAAAAACAACUCACAACUGUCUAACCAAACAUAUUAAUAAGGUGAAACUUGUACUUAUUAUAGCAGUGGAAAUGUCGUCUUGUAUCACUGCUCUAGGUGCAUCUAUCCAGUGUCUAUCAUCUCUUUUAACAAUGAAGUCAUAAAAUGGUUCUGCAUAUUGCCAAGAGCACAACACUACUCCCUUCCUAGAACUCCCUUCCAAUCCCGCUCAUCAUCUCUCUGCCAACAUUUUGUGGAAACUAAGAGAAUAGUAAUUAUGUACAGAUAAAUUGUAUUAUAUUUUUUGUACUUAAUGUUUUGUGUAAAUAGUUUGCCUCAUUCAGUUGUAUGUGAGUAUUGAAAUAAACCCUGCCAUUUAGGAAA